CAUCCUGCAGCACUCAGCCCUUCCUGCUUUGCUGCAGACUGGGCAAUGGUACAGGACAGUGGUGUAAGGCAGUGGUGAUUUUUUUCAGUACAUUGGUUUUGCACAGGAUCGUUAGUGUCCUGGAUCUAGUUUUUGUUUCCUGUCUAGUACAAAAGCUAUUUUCAAGACAAGUAAUUUCUUUAUGUGAUGGAAGACACCAAAGAGAUUAUACAGUUUUUCAGGUUUCACUGCAUACUCUGACCUAAGGCCUGAAAAACGAUAGGUGUUCAAAGGGGGAAGACAGCAUGUCCCAGCACAAUGAGAACAAUAUAGUCAGGGGAGAGAGAAAAUCUCCAAGGAGGAUCAUUUACUUUGCAAAUGGUGACACUAUGGAAGAGUAUAGCACUGAGGAAGAGGAAGAGGAGGAAGAGCAUCAAACUCUUGACACAUCCAAGUUCUCCUGGGGACUGUAUCUGUGGUUCUGGGCAGUUCGAAUUGCAUCAACGUCAUUUUUCACUUGUGAAUUCCUUGGUGGGAAGCUUGCCACACUCUUUGGACUCAAUGAACCUAAAUAUCAGUAUGCAAUAGAUGAAUACUAUAGGACACAGAGCAAGGAAAGUGAAGAUGAUGAAGAUGGUGAAGAGAUCUUUGAGAAAAAUGAGGUGAACUCUCUGAAUGAAAAAUGCCACCUUGAGCUACAGAGCAUAGGCUAUGGAUCAGUUGGACUCAAGGACCCUGCAGAGUUUUCUCAAAGAGGUGCUUGUGCAAAUGUUAAUGAAGCUACAAAACGUGACUAUAAAGUCCAAACUCAGUCUCAGUUGCUAAGAAAUAAUGAAAAUAUUGCCACUGGGGUCUCUCUUGAUAUGCCACCUGAAAAUGACCAACAGAACAUGAACUAAUCAUUUAUAAGCUUUUUGAGAUGCCACUGAUCUGGGCAAAAGGAUGUAUGUGUUAUUUCAAUUUUCAGAGGGCAACAGGAUAGAUUAAAAAAUGCAUUAUGAGGGAAGAAAGGAUCUCAAAAGAAACCUGAUGACACUGACCCUUCAGCAAAAUAGGUGCUUGGAACAUCUGCUAUUUGGUUCCUUAUGUACACUGGCAUUUAACUGGAGAAUGUCAUUCAGAUGAGUGCAUCUUGGACACGGCAUGUGUCAGUUAUUCCUGAAGACAGAAAACAACUCAGUGGGACUAUAUAAUGCAUUUUGAUACACUGAUAUAUAAAGCUACCCACAGAGUUCUAGUCUACUCUGAGUAGCCAAAGAUACUUCCUUAUUAACUUGAACAGCAAAACCAACCAAACAUUAAGUCUCUCUGGUUAGGAUUAUGGGAAUGUUACCCUGUUAAGUAUUCAAUAUAGUGGCUGGCUAAGCACUAAGACAGUAAUUAUUGCUUUCCAAGUCCUUGUGGUCUUGAUUCUCCAUUCUGUUGUAGACUGUAAUCUUGCACAAUAUUCACAACAAGCUAGAUUUGUUCUGCAGAGUGAUCAAGUUUGUAAAAGGGGAUCAUGCUUGACAGACUUCUACAAUAAUCCCGUGGUAAAGACUCAGUGCUUGUCCUGAAUUGCUGUUCUCUGCACUUUUUGGAUCAUUUACACAGUUUCAGGGAUAACAAGAAUUUGCUGUCAGGAGUGGUGAAAUGAAAAGUGCUUUGCAAGAGGACAGCUUUUUAGAAGGCACUUUAAAAAAUAAUUUGUGUCCUUGGGUGCUUGUACACAUGACAGGGGUUUGGUUUGGUUUAGUUCUCCCUAAAUUUAAAUCAGUGGGUUUUUAAAAACCCACUGUUUCCAUCCACCGUUUCAAUAAAGGGAGAACUAAACCCCUAUCACGUAUACAAGGGUGAGGGGGCCCAAUCCUUACCUGCCUCGGGGGGGGUGGGGGGGGCAAGCUGCCAGUGGGUUGAGUGGUCCCUGAGCUGUGGGGGACCCUCAUGCUUCCCUCUGCAGCUGUGGGAUCCCCUGGGCAGCUCCUAUCCAGGUGCUGUCUGGGGGGCACUGUAGCUGUGGAGGGAAGCACCAGGCCCUGUGCAGCUCAGGCAGGCAGGCAGGUUCUGGGAGAGGGGAAAAAAAAAAAAGGAAAGAUUGGGCUCCUGGCCGCUUUUAUUUCUUCAGUUGAGCCUACCUGCACGAGCUGCUGCUGGGUUGCACAGCCCCUGAGCCAUAUGGGGCCUGUUGCUUCCCUCUGUGGUGGUGGCACCCCAGGACCACCUGGGGUGGGUGCCAGCAGGCAGGUGCUGCCUGGGGGGUGCUGCCACUGAGGUGGGAGACAGAAGGUCCCCUGCAGAUCAGGGACCACUUGAUCUGCCGGUAGCUCGCCCACUCCGCCGUGGGAGAGGCAGGUAAGAAUUGGGCCCCCUCAUCCUUGUGACUGCCUGGGAGUGGCUGGCUUGCUCCUGGGGCAGAGCAGCAAGAUGGCAGGAGGGCGGUUGGGUGUGCUGGUGGUGGGAGAAAUUGGUGGGGAUAGUGUGUUGACUCCCUUUAUUGAGAACCCAGGGCACUGGAAGCCUGCCAAGCCCAAGCUUCCCCGAGCAUGUCAGCUUCUCUUUGUGGAGAGAAGUGGAUAAGUAACAGAUUGACAUGUCUUGCUUAACAGGAGCCUGGAGCGUUUAUGUAAAACAACUUGUUUUGUACUCCAUUCUGGCCGAGAGCACAGACAGAUGUUAGUUACAGAUGUGCCCUCUACAUUCCACCCUCUCCUGUCUGCUUGCAAAUCUCUGGGAAGUCUGCAAAGGGUAUGAUUAGGUCAGUAUGCCUUCACAGGCUCUGCUGUCCUUUUAGAGAGUACUUUAUAACAAGGGUGCUUAACCUUUGGCCUGUGGGCCAGAUCUGUCCCCCAAAGCCAUGUCAUCCAGCCUGCAGGCUUCCCCAUGGGUCCAAAACUUUGGCAGUGGUUGCUUCUCCCUUGCUGCUAAGUGUCUGGACCCAUGGGAAGCCCCAUGUGCCUGAUAGCAUGGCCUGGUGCAUGGGGCAUUGUGUGGCCUGAUCCCAACAUGCAGGGGCAGUGCAAGGCUCAAUCACAGGGGCCAGUCAAGGUCACAUAGGGCCCAAUCUAUCCUAUGACCUGGCCCUGCACCACUCAUCUGGCCCCUGGGGCCAAAAGUUUGAGGUACCAUUGCCUUCCAUGAUAUUACUGCUGGAGUCCAUAGGAUUGUAACCUGAAGAACUCACACUGCCACAAUGGUAUUCAGCAGUAACAUAUAAAGUGGCUUUAUCCUACAUUUCAUCACCAUAUCCUUUUUUACUUUUUUUUUUUUUUUUUUUUUUUAACUUAAACUUACUUGGCACACACCUUUGAAGGGCUUUAUUCCUGUCACUGCUGAGUCAUGGAAGUUGCAUCUAUUUCAGUCAGACUUAUCAAGACUGAGUUACUGGAAGUUUUCAAAUUCCCCAACUGUUGCAAGGAUGGCUUUGUUAGUUUGCUCUUCCCUAAUCUAAGCCUGAUGAGUGUUUUUAGAAGGGCUCUCCUUUAACCAAAUAUCACUGAAUGAAUUCAAGCUAAAGAAAACUAAUGCUCAGAAUCUAAUGGGAUGAAUAGUUUGGGAUGGAAUACUCUAUGCCAGGGAUCAGCAACAUUUUUGGCCAGUGCCAGAAACACCCCAACCUCGACCCACACUUUAACUUGGCAUGCCAGAGGCAGGAGCCGUCAUAGGCCCGAUCCUUGCUUAUGGUAGGUGCACAUGCACCUCUGGGUGGAGGGUGGGGGAAGGGCCAGGGGUGCACUGCCCUGGCC